AAAACUUUUAGAUUGAAAGACUCCUUCUAAACAAAUUGUUCGAUUGAAUUUAUAAUCCCAGCAUUUCAAUAUUUCAUUUCAUAUAUUCAAUAAUUAUUUUUAUUUCUCAUGAAAAGGAUACAAUCAUAGAAAUUGAUUGAUAAUUCAUUUUUUGGGAGGUAGCGAAAAAAUCAUACAAAUAAAUUGAUAUUUCUAAGGGGUCUUCAAAAUGGCAUCUUCAAAUAAUGGAUUUGAAGCUCUGGCUGAUCAAUUCUGUGCAAUUACAGGUGAAGGUCGUGCAGUGGCAGUUAGCAUGCUUGAGGCUUGUAACAAUGACCUUCAGAUGGCAAUAGGGAUGCAUGUUGAUGGAACAUCGACCAAUCAGAAUGAUGAUAUAGUGGCACUCCCCCAGGCCUCAACCAAUCAGAGGGCAGAAUCUAGGAAAAGAGCAGGGUCCCCUAUCAUGCUGGAUGAUGAUAAUUCUCUCGGUGCUGAUGGCGUCAGGGCACCCAUUCCACAGAAAACUGAAAAGCUUGUGGAUGAUUACACAUUUUCAUUUGGCAACAGAGGCAGGAGACGUAUCGCCAAAUCUGUCUUUGAUGGAUUUAGAGACUUCCAAGCUGAGGCUCGACAACAAGAAGAGUCUCUAGGUUUUGUCACUCCCAGUGCCAGUGGUAGCAGCUCAGACCCUGUAUUUUUAAAGAGCUCAAAGAAAAAAACUUUGGAAGAUUUAUUCAGGCCACCAAUUGAUCUCAUGUUCAAAGGAUCAUUCCAUUCGGCUCGAGAACAAGGCAGCAGUACCAAUAAAUGGCUGAUGGUGAACAUCCAAAAUGUCCAGGAAUUUUCAUGCCAGGUGUUAAAUCGGGAUAUCUGGAACAACCAUGCUGUUAAAACAAUCAUAGAAACUCACUUUAUAUUCUGGCAGGUUUAUCAAGAUAGUGAAGAGGGGAGAAAGUACAGGCAGUUCUAUAAAGUCUUAGAUUGGCCUUACGUUGCGAUAUUGGAUCCACAGACAGGUAAGUUCUAG